AAAGUGUCGAUAGAUUUAUUUUAAUUUUAGUAAAGUUUCGUAAUCAAACGGAAAAAGAACAAAACUAGUGAUGAAUUUUAAAUUAUCGUUUGGCGUUAUAGCGCUUGUGUUGUGUUUUAACACUAUAAAUGCUUCAUUUAUAAAAAAGAAGUUUGGACAUAGUGUUGGUGUACCCUAUCCAGUUGGUGUUCCCUAUCCUGUCCAACAACCAGUGCCAGUUCCUGUACAUAUUCCCGUAGAAGUUCAUAAACAUGUUCCCGUACCCGUACCUGUUCAUACCCCUGUUCCGGUUCCCGUUCAUACUCCUGUGCCUUAUCCCGUAGGUGUGCCUGUAGGUGUUCCCGUACCCGUUUCGACUGGUUGGCAUAAGCCUAGCCAUGGCUGGCAUGGUGGUUUAGGUGGAGGUUAUGGUGGUGGCUUUGGCGGUGGUUUUGGCGGUGGUUAUGGCGGUGGUUUGGGCGGUGGCUUCUCUUCUAGUUAUGCCUCCAGUUCUAGUUAUUCUUCCGGUUUCGGUGGUGGCUAUGGCGGUGGUUUGGGUGGAGGUUUUGGCGGUGGCUGGCUUAAAAAAUAAUUUCGAGUAUUUGUUUUUGUAUCGUAUUUAUUAAAUUUUUUAUUAUUGGUUAAUAUAUUUUGAA